AUGAGAGAAGAGAAAGAGACUCACAUUGAAGAUGGCUGUGAUGUUAACGUCCACCGUCGCGAAGACGAAGAGGCAGAGGCGCAGAGGACUCCAGGAGGCAGAGGCGAAGAUGAAGAGGCAGAGUUGGGAACUCACGUUGGAGAUGACUGUCGUUCACCAGGCAGGAGCGAAGACGAAGAAGCAAAGGCGAAGACGAUUUAG